AAAUUAUUAUCUACAAUAUUUUUUCAGUGAAGUGUACUACGGUGUAAACAAUGGUUGUAACAGGAGAUUCGUUGAAGAAUAUUGCAGAUGAAGUUAUUCGGCUAAAAGAAGAAGGCAACAAAUCAUUUAAGGAAAGUAACUGGAAGGAAGCUGUAAGUCUUUAUUCUAAAGCAAUAAAUCAACUUAUUGGUGAUUCACCAGACAAGGCGGUUUUGUACAAGAAUCGAGCAGCUGCUUAUUUAAAAUUAAAUGAGUUAGAUAAAGCCAUUAAAGAUUGUGAUUCUUCUUUGGAAAUUACUCCCAAUGACCCAAAAGCAUUAUUCAGAAGAUGUCAAGCACUAGAUUCUUUAAACAGGCAUGAAGAGGCUUACAGAGAUGCUAGACACCUGAAUAUUAUAGAUCCGAAUAACAAGGCAAUCCAACCAAUACUAUCUAGACUACAUGAGAUUGUGCAAGAAAAUCAAAAGAAAAAUGCUCAGGUUGAAAAUAAAGUUUCCCAAAUGUUUAAGUACGCAUUCAACAUCGAAGAAUCGAAAGAUAAGAGACAAACUGCUAUGAAUAAUUUGUUGGUGCUAGCUAAAGAGAAGUCUGGUGCAUUUGCUCUACAAGAAGCAGGAAUCUAUCAAAGGAUUGGAAGCUUAUUAAAAUAUGAAACCAAUGAUGAAAUUUUUAUUGCUUCCAUUAGAACUAUUGGGGAGCUUUGUAAGGGUAGUGCUGAUAUGGCAAAAAAUUGUUUGAGAGAAUUGGGAAUACCAUGGUUUUUGGAAAUUUUAAAUUCUAAGAAAGAAGAACAAGUCAACUCGGCCCAGUACUGUUUACAAGUUAUAUUGAAUAGUCUGAGUGGAUUAGGAAUUAAAGCUGAAUCAAGACCUGAUGAAAAGCUUUGCGAAGAAAACAAGAAGGAAAUUGAAACGCUGUUAACCUGUUUAGUGUACAGUUGUACUAGUAGAACUAUCACAGGUUUGGCUAGAGAUGCUAUUGUGCAGCUGAUAAUGCGAAAUGUUCAUUACAAGGCUAUAAACUGGGCUGAGCAACUAAUUGAGAUUAGAGGCUUACAGAGACUGAUGGAAGUUGCAAGUGAAUUGAAAGAAUACAAAUAUGAAUCCGCAAUGGACAUCACUGACAAUACAAGAACAAUUACAUCAGUUUGUUUAGCACGUAUUUAUGAAAACAUGUACUACGAUAAAGCCAGAGAACGUUAUUUAGCUGCGAUUGAUGACUUCAUAAAAGGUAAACUUAUCACACCCGAGAUAGAGUCUAAAGUUCGUGUGAUUGUAGCUUUGACAUCAUUGCUCCUGGGACCUUUGGAUGUUGGCAAUACAAUUGUAGCAAGAGAUGGAAUGAUGGAGAUGAUACUGGUUAUGGCUGGGACUGAAGAUAAAUUGCAGCAGAAGGUUGCAUGCGAGUGUAUCAUUGCUGCCGCAUCAAAAAAGGACAAGAUUAAGUCGAUUAUUGCUCAAGGUGUGAAUAUACUAAAAGAGUUGUAUAAAUCAAAAGAUGACGGUAUCAGAGUAAGAGCUCUGGUGGGUCUGUGUAAGUUGGGUAGUAGUGGUGGCACUGAUGCUUCUAUCAGACCUUUUGCUGAUGGAGCAACAAAAAAGUUGGCCGAUGCUUGUAGGAGAUUUCUAGUGAACGCUGCCAAGGAUGCAGAUAUGCGGCGCUGGGCUGCUGAAGGGUUGUCCUACCUCACAUUGGAUGCUGAAGUGAAGGAGAAAUUGAUUGAAGACAGACCAUCACUGAGAGCUUUAUUCGAAUUAUCGAAAACGGGCAACCAAGCUGCUGUAUAUGGUGUUGUCACAACGUUUGUCAAUCUCACCAACUCAUAUGACAAACAAGAAAUUAUACCUGAAAUGGUCGAAUUGGCCAAGUUCGCUAAACAUCAUAUACCAGAAGAUCAUGAACUGGAUGACCCAGAUUUCGUUCAGAAGCGAUGUAAUAUUCUCUGUAAUGAGGGCAUCACUAGUGCGCUGGUUGCUUUGGCAAAGUUAACUGAAAGUCAGAAUAGUAAGGAGCUGAUUUGCAGAAUAUUCAAUGCCAUCUGUGCCCAGCAGGAACUGAGAGGGAUGGUUGUACAACAAGGUGGAGCCAAAUCUCUUCUACCAAUGGCGCUAGAAGGAACCGACAAAGGCAAAAAGCAAGCUGCCCAAGCGCUGGCUAGAAUCGGGAUCACAAUCAACCCAGAAGUCGCUUUUCCCGGACAACGCUACAUUGAAGUUAUCAGACCCUUGAUGAAUCUUCUCCAUCCAGAUUGCACCGCUCUAGAAAACUUUGAAGCACUCAUGGCUCUGUGUAACUUGGCUGGCGUCAAUGAAACAGCUAGGCAAAGAAUUAUCAAGGAAGGUGGUGUACAGAAGAUUGAGAGUUACAUGUAUGAAGAGCACCUGAUGCUUAGAAGAGCAGCCACUCAAGUGAUGACUAAUCUCAUUAUUUCUCCUCACGUUAUUGAAAAGUUUGAAGGCAAAAAUGACAAAACUAAAUUCUUAUUCCUUUUAUGUUGUGAGGAAGAUGAAGAUACAGCUAAAGCCGCGGCAGGAGCUCUUGCUAUGUUAACUUCUGCCAGCAAGAUAUGCUGCGAAAAAAUUCUAGAAGUUGGUUCUUGGGUGGAGAACUUCCAGGAACUAUUAGCAAAUCCUGAUGUGGACAUGCAGCAUCGUGGAAUCGUAGUUAUCUUGAACGCGUUGAAAAGUAGUAAAGAAGUUGCUGAGAAGAUUAUAGCAACCAGUAUUUUCGACCUGCUGAUGGCGUUGACGAUGAUUGAUGAAGCUGGAAAAGAAAAAAUAAAGGAAUUGGCAGGAGAAGCUUUGAAAGUUGCAGAAGAAUGGAAGGUUAUACAGAAACCGGGUGAAGCCCCCCCUCUAGAACCUGCUGAAGAAGUUGAUGAAGAAUAAAAUUAACAAUAAAAGAGAGCACACUUGAGGAUGAUGAAUUGGCCGGAACUUAUAUGAAAGCAAAUCUACUAUCUACACAACCUCUUCCUAAAACAUUCAAAGACAUUCUUACAAACUAUUAUCAUGCAAAUUUAACAGAGAACACCAAUACUAAUACAUCAACAGGUCAAGUGUUGGAACUACUGAGCGAUUCAGGUGUGAUGAGUCAUUGGAAGGAUUACCAUAAAUUGGCAGUGUACACUUACUUAUCGCACCAGCCGGCCUCUCCCUUCCAAGCAUCGAGGGGUCGCUCCAUCGAAGUGCCCAUGAUUCCUCAGGUGGGCGUGUUGCGAGCUGGAGAGUUCCCCCGUCUCAAUGCGCACGGCGUUGAACUGUUAAUGGAGGCCGAUCAUGCGAGUCUGCUUCUGAUGAUGCCUGACUCAGUGGACGGUCUGGAUGAGCUGCUGGUGAAGCUGCCCAAAGAGAAGCUGAAUCAGCUGAUCAAGUCGCUGCCGUUCAAAGAGACAGAGGUGGCUCUGCCCCAGCUGGCCAUUGUCACCAGUGACCUUGACCUAGUUCCGUUCUUCCGCCAGCUGGGUGUCAAGGCCGCCUUUUCGGGAGAUCGCAAGAGGACUCACGUCACAACCAUCAAACAGAACGCCUACUUCUCCACGUCUUUCGUCGCUGUCAACUCUGUUGGAUCUGUCGGCAGUGUUCUAGAAUUCAAAGCGAAAUCGUCGAGAAUCAAGCGGAGUACUUCUAAUCCACAGACACAGAUCAUGACAUUUGACAGGCCUUUUCUAUUCUUCCUGAUACAUCGCAACUCGGGCACCAUUCUAUUGGCUGGUGCUGUGCAGAAUCCAACUCAAGUGCCUCACUAACUUGUAUCACAUUUCAAAAUUGUGUCCAAUCCAAUGAAAGCAAAUAUCAAGGAAUGUUUCCUUCUGAAGUGUAUUCAAGUGUGAUUCGCGUAUAUUUAUUCACUGCCAAUUUUAUUAAAUUAAUAAAAUUUAUUCCACUCCAUUUUAAAUAUUUGAUUUUUAAGUUCAUGUUUGAUUUCAGUGUCAUUAUUCUUCAUACUCAUGAAAUGCUCUCUUAUUGACUGAACAUUAAUUUUGAAAUAAUAUUAUUAAUUUUUAUAUCAUACUCUUCCUUGAGAUAUUAUUUCAAUUUUCUCUUCUGAACAGCGAUCAGUGCUGUCUCAAUGGUCCCCACAUUUAAAAUAAUAUUGUCCCUAUUGAGAUUGGACUUGAAAAUCAAAGCUGAAAGAAAUAUAACCAAAAAAGCAAAUAAUUUACUAUAAAAUUAACUGGUAGCCAAUAUUAAAUCGACCUGAGACUUUCUAUUUUUACCAGUUGAUCGACUCAAUGAUGUAAAUCAUCAACUAAGAAAAAAAUGUAUUCAAUUUUUAAUAUUUCGUUAUCAAGCAAUAGGCUACAUAAUUAAAUUGUGUUAUUCCGUUUAACUUCUCAUUUGUCAUUCGUAGUAAAUUGAAAUAAGUUGGAUAGUCUCCAAUUUGUUAUUAAUUUGAUGGAAUAUUAUAAUUUAUUGUUUGUGUGAAUCUUCUAAGAUCAAAUUUUUAUUCACUAAUAUUAUGUAACUUAUUGUUCAUUCCAUUGAAUGGAAUGAUCAAAAUUUUGUAAUUAUUAUUCAGUAAGAGAAAAUAAAUAAUCUGAUGAAAAAUGGUUUAAAUUUAUUAAUUUAUUUGUAAAAAUAUUUAGCUGUUUGAAGUUGAAGUUUUAUCAUUGUUAUGCAUUGAUAACGGUACGGUAUUAUGAAAUUAUCAUUAUGCCUUUAUAGUAUUAUAUCUUUGUUAUGAUUUUAAACGUAUUCAAUAAUAGGUUUUAUGUGACUUACUCUUAUUUCUUCUACUGUGUAUUUAUUAUAAAUAAAAAGUUAUCCAUGAGAAAGAACUC